UGUUCAGAAAAGUUUGUCACAACUCAUCUGGAUCUGCAGUUUUGAUCUGUUUUUCUUUUCUAAUCGUGAACACUUUUCUUUUAAAAUUUGUUUAAGAAAAAACAUUUGAGAUUACUACUUUCAUAAUAAACUUAUUUAAAUACAUACAAUCAUAAAACUGUUCAAUAUAUACUAGACUACUAAGAAAAUGUCAUCCGCUGUUACCGGUGCAUGCUUCAUUGUUCUCCCCCCGAAUUCCCGAGAGAAAUCUGUGAUUUUCGGAAGGAAUUCAUCACCAGCAGAUAGUGAAGUACAAGAAGUUCUAUUCUAUCCCUCAUCUGAAGCUGAGGAUAAAGUUAAGUGUGAUGGGGGAGCAGAAAUCGAUAAUGGUCCGUCAUUUGGACUAAUUCUGCAGAAAUCGCAACAAAGCGGUGGCUCAAUUUGGGGUGGCGAGUUUGGAAACAACGAAAAAAAUGUUUCCAUUGGAAUUAUAUGGUCCGAUGGUGAGCCAGAGCCCGAGAGUCAAUCAUUGCGUUCCACGGACCUUGUGAGAUUGGCACUAGAAAGAUCUUCGUCCUCUUCCGAUGCGGUGGAUAAGAUUGGCUCGCUGGUCAGCAGCAACGGCUGUGAUAGUGCCAGAUUUAGUUUUGUGAUUUGUGACCCAACAGAAGUUUGGCUUUUGAGUGUAGGUGGGAAGCUUUGGGCGGCGCAGAAAAUUGAAAGCGGUUUCCAAAGUUUGCCUACUGCCGGACUCGGAGUUAGCACAUCUAUCGACAAGUCCAGCGAGGACUUGGGUGACUCAUUAAAAACACUCGGCCUAUGGAGUGGUGAUGGUGAAGUAAAUUUUUCAAAUUGCUUCUCGUGUCCAGCCACUACUGAAAACUGGCCAGGUGAAGAACCGACUGGAGACGGUUCUUACAUAUUAACAAGUAUGUUUGAAACAUUAAGAUCAGCUGCUACUGAAACGAAUAGAUCAAGCAGUGUCUCGGUACUCUCCCCAACUGGUAUUUCAUGUCACUGGUUUACGGCAACACCAAAUCCUAAAGAAUCGGUGUUCAAACCAUUUGUUUUUGCUCCAAACCCUAAAAUAUCUCCUCUGACUAAAGUACUUGAUGGAGAGAGCGUCACAUUGUUGCAAAAACUACACGCUCAACGUAAGCCAGAAGCCGUGCUUGAUCUAAAGAAUCUGGAAGCAUCAUGUGUUGAGGAAGUAAAUGCUUAUUUAAAUGAAAAUCCUACUCCAACCGCUGAGUUAGAUGAACUGAUGAAGGACUGUGUCGAAGCUGAGGUGAAAUUCUACCGUUAAAUAAACUAAAUCAAAUAAAGAUUUUUAUACUGACGAUGUGUAAUGAACCAUAAACAAAUAUAAAUAUAUAUUUAAUUCUAUAUAUAAUUCUUAAACGGUUUGAUUUGUAAUUAAAUAAAAAGUAGAACUUUAAUUAUGUCUUAUUUCGAAUGAUCUUAAACUCAAUUAGCUUUAAGUUGAUUUUGUGUUCAAAUAUUUUGUGGAUUACCUAUUUUUCUAUAUAUUUUUUACAAAAUUAAAAUAAGACUAUAUUUUUAAACUGUUCAGUAUUUUAUAAUCCAUCAAAAUGGUUUUAAACUUAUAUAAAUGUCCUUUAACCCUUUGUUGUCCGAAAUAUUAAUUAAAUCUCGUAUAAAGUAAUUAAAUUAAUUUUUUGUAUUAUUAGGACACCAUUCAAAAUAUUUGGCAUACGUGGUUUUUCCAUGUAAAUAAAGGUCAUCAAAGGGUUAAUUGUCCACAAAGUUCUUGAAAGUUUUUGUAUAUUAAUUUAAUUUUUUGAUAAUUUAUUGUGAUUUUGUACGAAUUUUUAUUCUAUUUAUUAUAAUGUAUCUUAAAUAAACUGCCGCAUAUGUGUUAUGUUCAAUGUUAUUAUUUAUUUUAGAAUACAAAAAGUGCUUUAAUUUGCAUUGUAUUGUAAUAAAACAAAAAACAAUAAAUCAGGUUUACAUUCCAAACAAAAAAGUAUUUGAAAUACUUUUUUUAAUUUUCGUCAAUAGUAUAAUAAAGUAAAGUAGUAUUUAAAAUAACAUAAAAUGCUUAUUUAAAAAAAAAAUUAACUGCACAAAAAAUAAACUAUACAAAAAUUGUUUCACGCAAAUUAUUGAGAAACCAAAAAAAAGAUAAAAAUAAAUUGACAGUUGAUAAAUAAAAAAGUUGAACAAUUUAAUCAGCCCAUUGAUAAGAUUUUUGAUAAUUGAAAACGUUCCAGACUGUACAAAAAUAUAGUCAAUCAAAAGUUAAAUAUCUUAAUAAUGAAUAACGUUUUAAAAGGCUGAGUUUCAAUAUUUAACAGCUAUCAAUUGAUGUUUUUUCUAAAUGCUUAAUAAAACUUACGAAACGAACAAUUUUUUUCUAUCAUAAAUUAUUAAAUUUCGACGGUAAAUUAACCCAACAUAAUAAACGCCAUAACUCAAAUACAUAUUAUAUACAUACAUAUUUAAAGUACUAUAAUAAAAUUUCAAAAAUUA